CCAAGAGACAUUUGUAGUUGAGUGGACGAGCACAGACAAUCCCUGGCACACAGCUUUUUGAGUGUCAUGUAAACCACCCCUUCGCUCUCCCUUUUUGUCCCAUUCACUGCCUGCCACCCUCCCUUCUCUCUGCCCCACCCUGUGGCCUCUCUGCUUUGGACUUGGGGGGGUUUGCUUGCCUCUAUAAAAGCCCUGCUUGUGCCCCAAGAGAGCUUCAUUCCCCAUCAUGGAGAGUCAGAGAGUCCAGUCUUCGUACAGGAAGCGUUUUGGGCCACAGGGCUCAAGCGCCACAGCAGUCAGAAUUGGGAACCUUUCUUCUGGUCGCUUCUCCUGGCAUGGCACCCCUCGCACUCUCACCCACUCCAGCCCCAUAUCUCGGAUCUCCCUGGGCUCAGCCAGCGCGGCCCUGCUCCUGGGGAGCCCCGGGGACCGGCUGGACUUCUCGGCUGACUCCCUGAUGAAGGCCCAGUACAAGGAGACUCGCACCAAUGAAAAGAUGGAGAUGAUGGGCCUGAAUGACCGGUUUGCCAGCUACAUAGAGAAGGUGCGCCUGCUGGAGCAGCAGAAUAAGGUCUUGGUGGCAGAGCUGAACCAGCUCAAGGGGAAGGAGCCCAGCCACCUGGGAGACAUCUACCAGGAGGAGCUGAGAGAUCUGCGACGGCAGGUGGAUGGUCUCACCGCUGGCAAAGCUCGGCUGGAGAUAGAGAGGGACAAUCUGGCUGCAGAUGUAGGAACGCUCAAGCAGAGGUUGCAAGAUGAGAUUGGCCUCCGACAGGACGCAGAGAACAAUUUGAAUUCCUUCAGACAGGAUGUGGAUGAGGCAGCUCUAAACCGUGUCCAGUUAGAGAGGAAGAUCGAUGCCCUGCAGGAUGAGAUAAACUUCCUGAAGAAGAUUCACGAGGAGGAGCAGCGUGAAUUACAGGACCAGAUCCUGGCCCAGCAGGUGCAUGUUGACCUGGAUGUGUCCAAACCAGACCUGACUGCUGCUCUGAGAGACAUCAGGGUCCAGUAUGAGACCAUGGCCAGUUCAAACAUGCAGGAGACAGAGGAUUGGUACCGGUCCAAGUUUGCUGACCUGACAGAUGCAGCCAAUCGAAACGCAGAAGCCUUGCGCCAAGCCAAGCAGGAGGCCAACGAAUACCGGCGCCAGAUCCAAGUGGUGACCUGUGACCUGGAGGCUCUCCGUGGGACAAAUGAGUCUCUGGAACGCCAGCUCCGGGAGAUGGAGGACCGCUUCGCCAUGGACAGUGCUGGUUACCAGGAUACAGUGAGCCAUCUGGAGGAGGAGAUCCAGGCGCUGAAGGAGGAGAUGGCGAGGCACCUGCAGGAGUACCAGGACCUCCUCAACGUCAAGCUGGCCCUGGAUAUUGAGAUUGCCACCUACAGGAAGCUGCUGGAGGGAGAGGAGAGCAGGAUCACUAUUCCAGUUCAGAGCUUUGCCAACCUGCAGUUUAGAGAAACUAAUCUGGACACCAAAACCCCAGAGGCCCACGUGAAGAGGAGCAUCCUGGUUCGAACUGUGGAGACCAGAGAUGGGGAGAUCAUUAAGGAAUCAACCACUGAACACAAAGAUCUUCCUUGAAGUUUUACAGCCCGCUCUCGCAGCUCAUCCUCAGUCACAAUAUGAGGAUUUUGAAUGCAUAUUAUUACAUUUUUUUGUUCCCAAACCCCAAAGCUGCCCUGUCAGCCAUUUCAUUUUUGUCAUCAUCCUUAGACUAAUCUGUUCUAUAACCACAUUAUAACCAUCAAGUACUGAGAGACGUCAUCACUAGAAUUUCUGCCAAAAACAUCCAUGUUUAGCUUUUUGUACAGCUCCACUAUUAGCUUGAGUUGGAUCUAGGCCAUUCAUCUUAGAUAGUCUGUAGCUUGUUCCAGUAAAAACUGCUGGAAAUGACUGGUAAUCUGUUUAACUUGGACUGACAGACCAGAUUUUUAGCAUUGUUUCAGAUUAGCUGCCAUAGAAGAGGUCUUGAAAUGUAGCGAUCGUGUUCAGCUAAUAUAUAGCGUGGUGGAGGUUGACAUGUGGUUAUUGUGUAUGUGAGAUUUGGCAAUGGAAGAGAGUUGGAGUUUGCAGAUGUCAGAAUUGGACUAGGGAAUGAGAGGUUUGUGUAUGUUAGAGCAGCUUUUGUCAGAAUGAGCGGUGAAUCUGGGCUGAUUUUUAACCCUUGACUGGUGCUAUUUUACAUUUCUUUCCCUUCCUGUAGCAUCAACCUCUGCCUGUGUGUUGCUUCAUGUAUUCAAGGUCCUGCACACAUGCACAUGUGUUUUCAAUUAGUCUCACCUCUUACUGAUUAGACCUGUUCUCAGGUGUGAAUUGGCCAGAGCCAUGCUGGGGUUUUUCUGAGCUCUCCUGUGGCUGCUCUGACUGUGUAGAGGGACCAAAACAAACAAAGAAUAUAUUUAGUCUGGUCUGUAGACACUGUGGCCAGGAACUGAAUUUACAGACACAUACAGAAUACGGUGUGUACCUUAUUCUGACACUGAGGAAGUACACUAAACAAAGCCUGGAAGCACACAGGAGCAGAGCAGGAUUUAUUAGCAAAAUCAGACAUACAGAGACGGUAAAGGGCAAUCCAGGAGAAACAACUGCAGAGUGCAAACUGAAACAAAAUGAAAAGUAUGAUUUUUACACACAGGUGCGUCCACUUUCAUCCAAGUUUCGGCGUCAUGAUUCCAAUUGUCUUGCAAAAUUUCAGUGAUCCAUUUUUCUCUUUUGUCAGUCAUCUGUAAAAAAAACAAACAAACAAAAAAAAAACAUCUGCCUGAAUUCUCUCUGAAUCUCUUUGAGCAAUCAAUGUCACAAAAAAGUCUUUACUAUUUCAGUUCCAAUUUUUUUUUCCCCAUGUGACUGCACCAGUGAUAGACGCUGAAUGCAUUGGUUUUUGCCAUUCAAAGUGACCGUGGUGACCUCUAUGGCCAUGUGGCCACGUGCAUUUACAUCUGUAACUGCUGCAACAAAACUAACAGGAGAGACAGCAGGGUCUGUACAAACCUAGAAGAGGUCUAAUCAGCAAAGAUAAGUGAAAACAGCUGAGUGUGUAGGGCCUUUAAAAUUUCCUACAUGAAUUUACCUCUACUCUUCUGAGCCCUUUAUUCACCACACACUCAGCUGGUGGCAUCUUCUGUCUCUUGAACACAACCUGAUAAGACAUCAUCAUUUUUUGACACCAGAACGUGUCAGGACAUGCCCACUUAUCGAGCAGAGGUGACAGGGACAGAAUGAGGCUGGAGGUGUGGAGGAGGUGUCCUUUGCCCUCCAGCUUCCAGAACCUCGCUCCUCCAAAUUUGACUGCUAGGAGAGAGAUGCAGAGACAGAGGAGAGUGCUGUGGAGAUAACCAACAAAUCCCAGAGCCCAGCAGUGCACCAGGAACCCUUGCUUUUUGUUUGUUUUUUAUUUUAAAGGGAAGGAUCUUGGGGUACAAAGGAAAGGAGGCUGCAUGUAAGGAUGGAUGUAUGGACGUCACAGCUCAGACACUGUAAUCCAAGCCUUGUGAUUUAUUGGACGCCCUGCUGACUGUAGCCGUGCUGACAGGCCCUGCCACUAAUGAGAGUGGUGCUGCGCUGAAGCUGGCUGUCUCUGUGCUCAUCGCCAAGGACAUGCUGUGAUUCGCGUUCCCAUGUGCCUCCCACCUUCUCCCCUCCACAACUUCCACCCCCGUCACACAACCCCGUCUUCUGUGUCUCCCAAUAACACGCAGCCCUCUGUUGUAUUCACUUUGUUUUGUUUUUUUGAAUGUCGAUCCUAAAUAGUCUCGUAGCAAAGAUGCAGCUGAAUCCUGCUGUGUUUUUUUUUUUUUUGGGAGAACCUCUGCAGAUGUGAAUAUAACAUUAGUUUUUACCAAUGCUAUAAGCUAUGACAUCAUGUUAACUUAACAACAAUAAAACAUUUUGUUUGUUAGAA